GGAGACUGAAUUGCUUUUUUGCCUUGAACGAAGCUUGGAUACCUUGGGUAAAGAAAUGGUGUCCAUCAGGGAAUGUUUUUUAGACUUAGGUUCAUUUUCGGAAGACCAAAGAAUCCCUGCUGCUGCCCUCAUUGAUAUCUGGGCAGAGUUAUAUGAUCUAGAUACAAAUACAGAGUGCAUUGCAAACCUCUACGAGCUCACCAAACGAAGUCUAGCUAAUCUUGUUAUUACAAGGAAGGACAAGAUGGAGGGGGACGGAUACUAUAGUGAGCACUUUGUUACCUAGCAUGAUGUUCUUAGGGAGCUGGCUAUCUACAACACAAAAAAAGAACCGGUAGAACAUAGAAAAAGACUGAUUGUUGACAUAUGUGGAGACAAUCUUCCAAAAUGGUGGAGAACAGAAGCAUCAGCCGAUGAAGGCCCGCUUAUUAUCCAUAACAACUGGUUGUUCCAUCUCUCCCCUUCUCUUUAGCAAUUAUGUGGACAUGCACAAAUAAAUAGUCAUCCUUGCACGCGUUCGCACACGUGAACGUAAGUCUUAAUGGUAAUUUCAUUUUAGUUUCUCCUCCCCACUCACAGUUGUUACUUUGCAGACGAGGGGUUUUCAACAAAAUGGCACAACAUGCAAUUGCCAGAAGCUGAGGUUUUAGUCUUGAAUUUCCAGACAAAGAACUAUGCCUUACCCGACUCCACGGUGAACAUGGAUGAGUUGAAGGCUGUGAUAGUCACAAAUUAUGGUUUCUUACCUGCUGAAUUGAGUAACUUCCAACUUUUGAGUUCGUUACCAAAUCUUAAGAGAAUCAGAUUAGAACGCAUCUCAAUGUCUUCCAUAACCAAGAACCCCAUACAAUUGGCGAGUUUGAAGAAGAUAACCCUGUUCAUGUGUAACAUCGGUCAAGCUUUCAACAACUGUUACAUCUCAAUCUCAUCGGCAUUCCCAAAACUUGAAGAAAUGAAUAUCGACUAUUGCAGCGAUUUAAUUGAAUUGCCUGCCGAGCUUUGUGAUCUCAGUAAACUAAAGAAGCUCAAUGUCACUAACUGUCAUAAGCUAUCUGCCUUACCUGAAGGGAUUGGAAGGUUGGAAAAUUUAGAAAUGUUGAGGCUAAGAUCAUGCACAGAACUGUCAAAGCUUCCAACCUCGAUGAAGAACCUUGGAAAGGUAGACUUUCUCGACGUAUCUGACUGCUUCAGCAUCAAGAUGCUGCCCGAAGACAUUGGUGAAAUGCAUAGUUUAAGAAAGAUCAACAUGGGACAAUGCUCAAGGUUGCAAGAGUUGCCUCCAUCAGUCGUGGAUCUUAAGCAGUUAGAGGAAGUGGUCUGUGAUGAAGAGACAAAAUACUUAUGGGAAUCUUUCUCUUCGUUUCUUAACAACGUAAGGAUAAUUGUUGUCAAAGAGAAUAUCUGUUGGUGUAUAACCCUUUAGCUGAAGCUUGGCAGCAAGAAUCAUGUCUCUAUGUUUUGUUUCUGUUUAAAUGUGAGCCAUUGGAUCAUAGUCCACAUGGCACUUUAAUCUUGUAUCUAGCCUAAGUAAUAGAAUAAGCCAAGUGGCAUCAUCUCAUAGGAUGAUAGCAAUGAAUGGCUAAGAUUGUAUUGUAUGUUGAAGAGUGAAGGAUCUCCCUUCCUUCUUCAUAUAACGGUUAGAUUG